CUUGGUCCAGUCAAAUACAGAUGUGAGCUGUAAGUCAAGAGUCAGCCAGUGAUUGUGUUGUUGUCAUGGAGAACUACAGCGUAGACGACGUGUUUCCUCUCAAAAGAAGAAGCACGAUGUCCAAACUUUCCUGUGCACCGUCCCACCCAGCUGGAUAUCACUGUUCAGAUUUAGAGAACGUGGCGGAGGAGCGUCACAGAAAUGGGAGGAUGGUCAUUGAGUCUCUGCAGGCUGCUGACCAGGAGAAACGGGAGCUCUCAGGCCGGAGGAAACCAGCGUUAGUCAGGUCAAAGACCUUCGACCACUCUCUGCUGACUCAGGUCCAGACAGACUCAGACUCCAAGAUAGAGAGGAAGAAGUCUCACUACAGCCAGCUCUCAAAGACUAACUGCCAGUACCAUAAAAUAUUCAAGGAGAUCAGCAAAGAGGAACAGCUCAGACAGAGUUACACCUGCGCUCUGCAGAAAGACAUCCUCUACCAGGGACGAAUGUUUGUCUCCGACCACUGGAUCUGCUUCCACUCCAAGGUGUUUGGCAAAGACACAAAGAUCGCCAUCCCAGUGGUGUCGGUCACUCACAUCAAGAAGACCAAAACUGCCAUCCUGGUGCCAAACGCUCUGGUGAUCGCCACCGCAAACGACAGGUACGUCUUCGUGUCCCUCCUGUCCAGAGACAACACCUACAAGUUCCUGAUGUCCGUCUGUCUUCACCUGGAGGAGAAGAGUCCAUGCAGCAGCCCCAUCCCCUCCUCCGCAGAGAACAGCUUCAGAGGUCAGAGGUCACCUCUAACGCCUCGCUUUCCUCUGAGUUUUUCAGGUGAUUUCAUCGACCUGGACGGAGCAGUGAGACAGAGGAGGCAGGAGAUGGAGGAGAGCAGCAGCUCCGACUCCCAGACCCCCGACUACGAGAAGAUAGCAGAGUUCCCUGUUCCUCCGUUCCUGGAUGUGUUGAAACACACAGACAGAGCUGCGGCCCCUGAACAUCCAGACCACCAGCACCAAGUGAAGAACCAGCAUCAGAACCAGCAUCAGAACCAGCAUCAGAACAAGCAUCAGAACAAGCAGAGCUCAGACAACAAGCAGCGCGAGGCGCCUCAUCCCGGCUCAGAGGUCAUGAUUGACAGCAGGACUCUGAAACCAGUUUCUCUCAACACUCUGCUGUUUGUCUACCUGUUUCUAGUGUGUGUCCUGGUCCUGUCUUCCUGUUACCUGGCCUUUAAGAUCGUCUCGUUGGAGCAGACGCUGACGACGCUCGGCUCCGUCACAGACUUCACCCACAAAGAAGGCGACUUCCUGCGGGGGGGUCCUGACGUGAACACACAGCUUUUCUCAGAACUACUCACCAUCAACCUGAUGAAGCUGGAGAAGGUGCAGAAGACUCUGCAGAGACUCCUGGACGAAGCUGCCUGAAUGUACCGGAAACCCAACCCGACCUGCGUACGAGGGAGUCGUAACCCGGCAACCAUUCUGUUUUUAACGUUUGGAAACGACUGUUAAAGGCUGACGUGACCGAAUCCAAACACCAUUUAUACGUUUUUGUCCAGGGUCCCGUCGGGUUCGGGUCAGGUGUCCACCCUCCAGACGCCAGAGUGUUAAGAUGAUGUAAAUAUAUAGUUUAUUAUAGCAGAUGUUACAGGUUAACAAGGUGUAUUGGUACUAAAAAAAAAACUGUAAUCAGGCUUGAAAGCUGUGUUUCACUACCUGUUCUGGUGGAAUCACCUGUAACCACACCCACCGGUGAUGUCAUGGUGUACCGCCACACAGUCUGUGAUCAACGUUCGAUUGGCUGAUUAGAAAUCAAACUCCCUGGUGGAACUUUAACUGCAGCAGAACUGUGAUAGUGCUGAAACAGAGGUAUUUUAAAGGCUCUGACGUUUCGGGUGGAGGAAGCGGAGGACAGGAGCAGAUUUCUCUCUCUCUCCGGUGAAGGAGAAGAACUUUCUCAGCUGUUUUCAGUCACGGUGAAUUCUCGGAGGUCUUCUAUCUACGGUGCUGAACGUCCGAGGAGAUCAAGGUUCUCAGUGCUGGAUUUAUCUUCUGCCUUUUGCCCCGUUUUGCCGAUCACACUGAUAUUUUUGGCCGUCUGAAACAUUUCCUGUCCACAUUCAGGACUGAAAACCAGCUGUGGACGAAGAUACUCCACGACCCCUGACAGGGGUUUUCUUAUGUUUACCUAAUGCUGUCUUAAAGGUAGUUAGCUGCUGCCUUCAUGGGGACCUGAACAGCUCUUCUCCACUUCAGGGACUUAACAACCUUUUGUCAAAACCUGAACUAUAAGAAUUUUUAAGGCUUUGGUAAAAGGUUCAUUUCAUUAAAUGUUAGAUUUUGACCAUUAAAAAGGCAUCAGAGGGACAGUGGACCUGCAGCUCAUGUGAACACACAAGCUUGGUGCCGGUCCGACAUGUCAAACCACGUCAGUAGUGUUUCAUGUUGCUCCUCUGUGAUCCCUUCCUGUUCUUUAAUCUUGUUUUAUCUCUGUGAUUGUCCCCUGCAGUGUUUGCUUGUAUUGUAUUCCCAUUUCUCAGGGAGGCUGUGUCGUGAUAUGACCUCACAUCACACCUCUGACAACCUGUGAAACUACCUGCGACUCGCAUUUCGCAGCAGAAACGAACAAACUGGUCAGAGAUCAGUGAAAUCUUUUUCAAAAAGGACAAUGUGAUUAUUUGUUUUUACAUUCAGAAAGUUGUUCAGCAGCUGACUCUUGUCUGUCAGUUAUUCUUGAAUGCACCAAGCUCUGGAAAAAAGAAAUCCCUGCUGCUGUACGAACGCAGAUUUAGUGAAUUUACAGUGGCAUCAAGUUCACACCAUGUUGUUAUUGUUCACCUCUGACAGGACGUGAUACAUGAGAGCGACCUGAGCUCAUCAUUUUUAUCUGAUAUACCAGAAUUCACAUUGUUCUGGUGGAAAAAGUGAGUCAAUUCUAACCAGUGAACCAUCACCUGCCUCAUUGUUGUUUGUGAUUCAGCCACUAGAUGGAGCCAAAGUGAAGAAGUUUCAGGUCCCACACAGAGACACUGUUGUUGUUCACGUCCGUCAUGAAGCUCAUUCUGGUCCAUUCAAACAAUAGACUGUUACAGAGACAAGCAUCACUGUGAUUCUGUAAAUGUAAGAAUCAAACAUAGAUUUA